CGAGCUAUUACUAUAAUAUUCUUUCUGGACGACAUCGAUAGCUCCUCGCAUACAUCAUAAUGUCUGUACCACAGCUCGCCUCGUUUAAAGUCCCGGAGGUGGCCAAUGAGCCUAUGAAAAGUUAUGCCCCGGGAGCCCCUGAGCGCAAGGCACUGGAACAGGCCCUUGCAGAUCUACAGAAAGAACUUCCGGUCGAGGUCCCCUGCGUCGUGAAUGGCAAACCAGUGAGGACAGGCAAACUCGCAAAGCAGACGCUUCCGGGUGAUCAUGCUAAGCACCUGUGCACGUACCACGAGGCCGAUCAGGCUACGGUUGCCGCCGCCAUUGAUGGCGCGCUGGCGGCCAAGGCCCAGUGGGAGUCCUUGCCCUGGAACGAUCGUGCAGCAAUCUUCUUGAAGGCUGCAGACCUCGUAUCUGGCAAAUACCGGUACAAGCUUCUCGCCGCGACCAUGCUCGGACAGGGAAAGAAUGCAUGGCAAGCUGAAAUUGAUGCUGCAGCGGAGAUGGCCGACUUCUUCCGUUUUGGCGUCAAGUAUGUCGAGGAGUUGUACUCGCAGCAGCCACCCAAAAACUCAUCGGGUUCAUGGAACCGUGUCGAAUACCGUGCCCUCGAAGGCUUCGUCCUUGCCGUCUCACCCUUCAACUUCACUGCCAUCGGUGGCAAUCUCUCUGGCGCACCUGCACUUGUAGGCAACGUCGUGGUCUGGAAGCCGUCACCCAUGGCUACAUAUGCGAACUACAUUACCCACCAAAUCCUUACCGAAGCUGGCGUUCCGCCCGGUGUAAUCCAGUUCGUACCUGGACCUGCUGAGGAGGUAGUCGGCCAGUGCAUCGACAACCCGUCAUUUGCCGGCCUGCACUUCACUGGCAGUACUUUCGUCUUCAAAAAGCUCUGGAAGGAUAUCGCGCAAAACCUUGACAAGUACAAGGGAUACCCCCGCAUUGUGGGCGAGACUGGUGGCAAGAAUUUCCAUCUUGUACACUCGAGCGCAGAAAUCAAGAACACUGUCGUGCAGACCAUCCGUGGUGCAUUUGAGUACCAAGGCCAAAAAUGCUCAGCAUUGUCCCGUUUAUACGUCCCUACCUCUCUCUGGGAGAACGGCUUCAAAGAUACGCUCCUAGCCGAAACGGCCAAGAUCAAGGUUGGUCCCGUUACUGAUUUCCAGAACUAUCUGGGCCCUGUUAUCGGCCGGCCUGCGUUCGACAAAAUCACGAGCUACAUCCAAAAGGCCAAGGAUGCAGGUGGCGAGAUCCUUAUUGGCGGCUCGGCUGAUGACUCAACCGGAUUCUUUGUCCAGCCUACCAUCAUCCAAACCAAGGACCCUAAGUCGGUUACUAUGACGGAAGAAAUCUUUGGUCCUGUCUUGACUGUCUAUGUGUACCCUGACGCUGAGUACGAGGCAACUGCGGCUCUCAUCGACAGCACCUCGCCGUACGGUCUCACCGGCGCCAUCUUCGCCACGGAUCGCUCCGCCCUCUUACUCGCUACCAACAAGCUCCGCAAUGCAGCGGGAAAUAUGUACUACAACGAAAAGUGCACCGGCGCGGUCGUUGGGCAACAACCAUUUGGUGGUGGACGCGCUUCAGGCACGAACGACAAGGCUGGUAGCGUCAGCAUUUUCUAUCGGUUUGUCAGUGCAAGGAGUAUCAAGGAAAAUUUCGUUGGAUUGGAGGAGUACCUGUACCCGAGCAACUUCGUUUAAUAUGCAUCGUUAGCGCAUGCUCGAUUUCUG